GUAUUACCAGGGACAUGGAAUAUAUACAGCCGAAAUAGUUAAUUGCAGAUACAGGUAAUAUGUAAUAUGGAGUGUAUGUUCCCUAGUGAGAGGACAGGAACAUUAAAGAAGGAUCUUAUGACUUAAUUUCAACGAGUGAUAUCAAGUUCUAUUCACGAUGACUGAUGUAAACGACAAAUUGGCGGAUAAGAACUUCCAACAUUGGCUGAAGGCCAAUCUUGCAAUAAACAUUACUAAAAAGGGUGUAGAAGAAUGUGUGGAAAAUGAAAUGAUUAAAUUUCACUCCGAUGCUAUGAAUAAUAUCCGGUCACCUGCUCAAAGUCUGAAAGGAGAGUUGUGCUCCGAUUGUUUGACAGAAAAUGUACUUCCUUGUUCUACUAAAUCGGUUUGCGACAAAAGGAAAGGAAAUUGUUCUUUCCAUCAUUCGCCGGAGUUAUCACCAAAACGAUGUCCAAAACAAAUAUGCGACAGACUGAGGGAGAAAAUCAGACGCAGUCAUGAACACAAUGCUCCGUCUUGGAGAAAUACACAGGCAAAUAGAUGGUGUGAUAAUCCGUGGGAGAUCGCAAAGUGUUAUAUGCCACCUGACGGCUAUACAGCGGCGGACACGCCGGCCGAUACAGACCUAAACGGAAUUCUUAGUAUCAUCAUGAAUCAUUCAGCUUUGGUAUCAAUAUUUGAUCAACUAGACACUUUAAAGGCGCGAGAAGUAACUAAAGUGGUGCGACAUUCACCAGAUAUGAUGCUAACUGAACACACGUUGAUGGAUUUUCUCAAUAAAUUAAUCCGAUUCUUAACCUAUUCCAGUGACAAGAAGGCCAAUGAUGCAGUUCAGCAAAUAAGUCAGUUGAAAGGAGAAACACUCUCAAUUUCAACACAAGACAUUACUAAAGUAUUAAACGAUGUAAUCAAGGAAAACACAGAGUAUUCGCUUAACACUAUUGACAAGGCAGGAAUCGUUGUUUUGGAAAGAAUGAAAGAGUCUCUAAAUGAUGCGGAAAUCAAAAUAAGUAAAAACCUAGACCAGAUUCUUACCGCAAAAGAAUCAGCAUUGGCAGAUAUAGAUGAAGCAAGAAGGCAUUCACUAGACGAAAUUCAAAUAGCAACAGAAGAGAACUAUCAAACUUUGAAACAAAAAAUGCAGCAGGACCUGUUAAUGUUCAACAAAAUAAACCAUGGAACUAUUUCAUUAUCUCCAUUGUUUGAAGGUAAUGAUAUACGUUUGCUGGGAUUUUACGUUCCCCCCACCAUGUAUUUAGUGGAAAAGACAAUGCAUGGAAGUGGAAGAUCUGUUGCAAAAAAGAAAAUUACAAACUUCAAAGAUCUGUUAAAAGAAUCGAACAGAGAAAUCUACGUAUCCGCAAAAGCUGGUCUUGGGAAGACGGCCUUUUGUAAAUAUCUCGCAGUAACUUGGUGUCAAGCUCACCUACGAGAUUCAUCUAUCAGCCAAUUUUACUCAGAAACACAACUUUCGACAAUGAAAUCAUUUGACUUCCUGUUCCUGAUUUCUCUAAGGGAUACACAUGCGUUUGAUUGUGAAGUUGAUGAAAUGAUAGAAAAUCAGGUAAUACGACAACUGUCUCAUUCACAUCUUUACUCUACCGAUGUUCUGCAGGAUCUACUUUCACGAGAAAAAAGUUUAAUAAUCUUGGACGGACUAGACGAAUGGUCUCAUCCUGUGGAGAAAGCGUUAUGCAAGAAAGAUAUACCUCACCGAAAAGCAAGAGAAAAUUGUACCAUCCUUACAACAACAAGACCUUGGAAACUGAGCAUGUUAAACUUAAGAUCUUAUCUAAUUGACGUACAUGUAGAAAUAGCACAGCUUGACAAUGAUUCGUCAGAAAAGCUUAUAAAGAAUACGAUUUCGAAGUUUAGAAUGGACGACACUUGCAAACAAGAAUAUAAAAUUGAAGACUUCAAAAGUAAGGUAGACAGUAUGAACAUACACAAAUUCAAAUGUGUUCCAUUAAUACUGACAUAUCUUUUAUGUCUUUGGCGUGAUAAACAAGAUUUUGGACACUCAAACUGUGAAGUAUAUAGUAACAUAAUUGGCCUUUUGCUAAUGCGUGCGGAAAAUAGCAAUGAUGACCAAGGGUAUAAGGAACAGGGGACGAAAAGAUUAAAACUGGACAUGCCACAAUGCAUUUAUGCAAACAGCUUGUGCCGAAAGUACUAUAGUUUCUUGAUAUCGUUGGGGCAUUUAGCAUUUCAGACAUAUUUUGAGGAAAACAGAGAGUGCUCUCUCGUUUUCGAUAUUUCCCUCACUAAGAGAUAUCUCAGUGAACAGUCGCUGAAAUUAAGUCUAGCAGCUGGUUUCGUAACACAGAGCCGACUUUCUGGGGAAGGAAACAAAGAGCAAAAAGUCUCCUUUGCACAUAAGACAUUUCAGGAGUUUUUCGCUGCGUUAUAUAUGCAAUCAGUCAGUGACAUUUCUGGAGCCAUUGAUACAAUUUUAGAAGUAUGUUAUUCGACUGAAAAUGUUUUAGCUGUGUCAGAAUUUCUUAUUCAUUUGAGCGGACUAGAUCCCCAAAAAGCUAGUAUCUUAUCAGAGAAAUUAUGUAAAGUAACUACAAAUUCCUACGUUUAUAGCUGGUUUAGAGGGGAUGUUGGAUCAUGGAACUAUUUUGUUAGCCACAACGAAACAGUGAAAAAGGUCCAACACCUGCAAAUUGCUUGUGUGAAAGAAUGCAUGGACAAUAAACACAAACCGGAACGCCAGUAUAUUGAAGAUUUUAUAAUAGACGAGGACAGCAUGAAAGAGCAUGAUGAAUUUGCUUUAAAGUUCCUGUUGGAACAGAACGGACGAAAUGUAAAAUCUGUUAAACUAAGGGACGUGAAAACAAAAGAAAAAUGUCAUGAGAUCGUACUGACUCUAACCAAUCAUAGGCCAAUAUCGCUCGUUAAGCUUGACUUAAAAUGCGAAUUUGACGAGACGGACAUAAACAAUAUGUUAAGGAUGUCAAAAAAAUCAUUGAAAUGCUUUGUUAUUAAAGGUGGUAGAUGGCAUGAUGGUAGAUGGAACCACUGUAGUAUUUCAUUGUCCAACGAGUGUUACUGGAACAUAUGGAAUGUAAACCACCUCGAAAACCUGUAUCUAAGAAAUAUUAAAAUGUCUCAUGAGCAGCUGAAUAAUCUUGUUGCUUUCAUUACAACAAGGUCGAAAAUGAAGCAGUUAGGACUGGAAUUUAUUUCGUGUAUAGAUCACAAAGACACUUGUGUAGGUGUUCAGCUUGAUAUAUCUGGGCACGUGGAUCUGAAAGUUCUCGAGAUAGGUGGAAUCCAUCUGUCCGAAGUAAAAGUGAACGUUUCCUCCUUAGAGGUUUGCUAUGUUGGACAUAUUCCAGUACGUGGUUGUUUGGUGUCAGUUCUCAAGUGCCUACAUGGUGCUGAAUCACUGCACGUUUUCUCUUGUGGUUUUCUGGUCGACGAAAUGGACGUAUGUAUAUUACAACAAACUAUACCCUUGCUAGUAAAUGUACAGUAUGUAUGGCUGGCUAAUAUGAAUUUCGGUACAGGUGAUAUAACGUUAUCAUCAGGAAUGAAAAGUCUAGAAAAGAUUGUAAUGAUAAAUGUGAAACUUACAGCCGAAGCAGUAAAAAACAUUUGCAAAGAAUGCAGAAAAGUAGAACAGACGGUUACAAUUGGAUUGUUUGAAUGCUUAGUUACACCGCAAUUCAAGUAUGAUAGAAUUAAGGAGAAAAUACGAUCAUCAAAAAGAUUUAAAAUUGUGAUAGAUGAGGACGAAGACGCCCAGAACAAAGAAUUUGUCUUCCAAACAAUGAAUGAAUGUGACGAUUCUGUCUUUGAGGACGAGAAAGCAGAAACCGCACAUUUUAUUGUUUGAGCACUCCGCUAAAUAGGCUUUAUAACAGUCGUUGUUAAUAACAAAAAUAUAUGGUCAGAAUCUGACAUACAAAUUUGACAUUAAAACGGUAGUCAUGUUUAACAGACAAUAUAUACUAGUAUACCUAAUAUUAAAGGAUUUGAAUAUUGCAAAUGCAAAAUUGCAUAAAGUUUAGGUGAAUGUUUAGUGAUGUAACACGUAAUGAAUCCAUCGAUUGUAUUAGUGUAUGUAUUCAUGCAUUAAUAGUUCCGACUCUCAUACAUUUAGAUAUUUAACUUUGCAGCUUUACUUUCAGUUAUAUAUAUAAGUUAAGUGCACACGUAGUUGAGUAAAGGUACACACUUAAGAUAAUUCUCGGACCAAUGUAUGGAAGAGUG